AUGGCUUCAAAGCGCGCAGAGCUGGAGCGGCGGAAGUCCUCAACACCCCACUACCAGACCUUUCCUACCCCCCCGCCAAAAUCCCGUGGCCCACCUCCCUCAUCUCCAUCCGGCUCGGGUGGAUUCGACGGCCAACACGAUGGCACAGACGGUCCUCUCCCCUCAACCGACCCUCAGAAGUCCCCCCUACCCAAGAAACAGCUAGCUAUACUGGCAGUGAUCGCUCUCGCGGAGCAGACAGCCCUCAAUUCCAUCUCGCCUUACCUUCCAGAAAUGACCUCGACCUUUCCGGAUGUCGACGCCGGCCAGAUAGGGCUGUACGUCGGCGCAAUAGCCUCCUCCUUCGCACUAGCGCAAUUCGCUACCAACUUCUUUUGGGGGUGGUUGAGUGAUCGCAUAGGCCGGAAACCAGUAGUGAUGAUGGGCACGGUGCUGACGGCGGCGUGCCUCGUGGCAUUCGGGUUCUGCAGAACGUUGUGGCAGGCUAUUGUCGUGCAGGCGCUUAUGGGGCUGGUGAAUGGAAACCAAGGAGUCGUAUCGACAUGCCUGGGAGAAAUCACAGACAGGAGCAACCAGAGCAGGGCGUUUGUGUACCUCCCGGUUAUCUAUGGGCUGGGAGGCAUUACUGGGCCUGCGGUGGGCGGAUUACUGGUCUUCCAGGAUCACCCAUUCAAGAAGGGUGUCAAGAACCCGUAUCCGUACCUCCUGCCGAAUCUGUUUUCGGCCUGUAUACUGGCCAUUGAUUUUGUGCUGACGGGGCUCUUCCUAGAGGAGAGUUUGGAGGAGGCAAAGAAUUUGCCGCCGUUGAAGGAGAGGGUGGGCAACCUAUUUAGUUGGAUGUGGCAGUUCGUAGGUGGAUCGCACCGUCCUACUUACCUGCGGAGCCACUUCAACAGACAUCGCGAUUCCAGACAUAGAGCUGGGCUGGAGGGGAACGAUACGGAGGACGACUCAGACGAAGGCAGCGAGACCCAAUCCCUUCUCUCUUUGCGCGGCUUCUUUGCGAAUAGCGACAGCCAUCUCUCCAGCAAGGAAGUGCUGAACCGCGAUACCAUGCUCCUCCUCGGCACCUACUUUGUCUUCCAGUUCUCGAACAUCUCCUACAACUCCCUCUAUCCAAUCUUCGCGUCCUCGCCGCAACCCACAGGCCGCGAGCUCUCGCCCGAGGAAAUCGGGCUCUCCCUGUCCUUCGCCGGCAUGGUGACGAUCGUCUUCCAGGUCGGCAUCUUCGGCAAGCUGAAGGAGAGGAUGGGCAACAAGGCCACCUACCGAGGCGGCUUCUUCCUCUUCUUCGUAUCCAUGCUCUUGGUGCCGUGGGUGGGCCACAAGAACGACCGCCCGCCCUUUGGGAUCGGCACGGGCAAGCUGUGGCUGUGGGUUGAGCUCGGGUUUGUCUUGCUGGUGAAGACAGUGGCUGGGGUGGGGGGUUUGACUAGCGCUCUGCUGCUUAUCACCAACUCGGCCCCAGACCACAACGUCCUCGGCACGCUCAACGGCCUCGCGCAGACUCUCUCGGCCGCGGGUCGUGCAGCGGGCCCCCUCCUGUCUGGCGGCCUCUUUUCGAUCGCCACACGCGUCCACCCCAAAGGUGAGGCGCUCGCGUGGGGCACCUUUGGCGGGAUCGCGUUCCUGGGCUUUGUGGCGAGUUUCGGGAUCCGCGGUAAGGAGUUGGAGAGCGAGGAGUGGGAGGCUGGGAGUGCGAUGUCGUACGAUGGGAUGGGACAGGAUGGGACUGUGGGAUGA